UGUGUGAGCGUUGGGGAGAACUACCGCGAAGCUGAUAGCAACUAUAGGCGCUUAUGUAACUCUGUCCUCGUCUUCUCUGUAGACCGAAGAGAAGUCGACACAACGCACCCUCUUGUGCUUUGCAUGCGGUGAGCGAUCAACCGCGAGGGCUCGGAAAAACAGCGGUGGAGACGGAAGUUUGGAAAUCCCGGGCGCCUCAGGAGUGAAUGGUGGAGCCCAGUCCCCCAGCGCUGCAUCUCCAUGCCAACAGUGAUGUCAGCAUGGUGGGCAUCAGUGUGAAGUUGGAGGAGUCUGGAGGAGAAGGGGGAGGAGCCCACACCAGGGCAGAGCAGCUCUCCUCUCCUGCCUGUGAUUGGUCAGGACAUCAGCCAAUGGAACGACCGGAGUCUAGACAGCUGACUCCUCCCCUAUCCCGCUCACCCUCAGAGGGCUCUCCUGGUAAGGAACAGCUUCUCAGACAGAGUCCUGUUGGGAUGAAGGGGGGCAGCAGGGGGUAUAACCACCGACCAGAGGGACACAUGCACCCCACUGUCAGCGAAGUCAUGCCCACCAUAGAGAAGCUUCUGAGUGUGGACUGGAGGGAGACAUUUCUGGACAAAAGCCCCCUGGGAGGCAACCACCUGAAAGGCACUCCAGAGUCUCUGGCAGAGAAGGAGCUGCAGUUGUUGUUGAUGAUCAACCAGCUGGGUGGUCUGAGGGAGCAGCUGCUGGGAGCCCACUCUGAGCAGAGGAACAUGGCCGCCUUGCUGCUGGAGAAACAACAGCAGCAGAUGGAGCUGGCCAGACAGCAGCAGGAACAGAUUGCCAAACAGCAGCAGCAGUUGAUCCAGCAGCAGCACAAAAUCAACCUGCUUCAGCAACAGAUCCAGCAGGUGAACAUGCCCUACGUGAUGAUCCCAGCCUUCCACCCCAACACUCAGCAACUCCCUAUCACCGCCGACACCCAGAUGACCAUGCCUCUGCAGCCAAUCCCCUGCAAGCCAGUGGACUUUCCCAUGCAGCUGCUGCAGAACUCUCACUCCACCCCUGUGAAAAGGCCCAGUGGUACCUUCCGUCAGGAAGCCAGCCAGCCUCUGAAUCUGACCUCCAAGCCCAAGGGGAUGGACAUGGGGAAGAGCCCCAGCCCGCAGACCUUUGAGCUGGGCUCGCUGACUCUGCAGGGUGGGUACAGACCCAGGGACAACCAUAGAGACAGCCCUUCACGGCCUGCACUUAACCUGGGUUUCCUGGGAGAGGGGGAUGUGGUGACCCAGGCCAUCCACGAUGCCCAGCAGCUGCUGUGGAGUCAUGGGCCGGGCGGAAGAGAGAGGGAGCGAGAGAGAGAAAGCACUGCCAGGAUGGAGCAUAAGGAGUCUGGUCGCAGCGACAGGCUGCCACACCAAGACCGGGGAGAGAACAGACAAACCCGCCAAACCAACGAGGACCACCACAGCAGUGACUCUGAGGGCCCCCUGUCUGCUCCUAGUGUGGGGUUGUUUGCAGAGGUUCGCAGCCCCCCCUCCUCCGUCCACAUCAAGAGACCCAUGAACGCCUUCAUGGUCUGGGCCAAAGACGAGAGGCGCCGUAUACUACAGGCCUUCCCUGACAUGCACAACUCCUCCAUCAGCAAGAUACUGGGAACUAGAUGGAAGUCUAUGUCUAACCAGGAGAAGCAGCCCUACUAUGAGGAGCAGGCCAGGCUGAGCCGACAGCACCUGGAGCGUUACCCCGACUACAAAUACAAGCCCCGCCCCAAACGCACCUGCAUCGUGGAGGGGCGGAGACUCAGGGUGGGCGAGUACAAAGCCAUGAUGAAGAGCCGGAGACAGGAGCAGAGAGGGGCAUACACACACAGUCAAUCAGAGCCGCAGAAGCUGCACUACGCUCCAGGCGAGGGCCAAUACCCAGGCGGCGGUGGAACGGUCUCCAUGCCGACGGUGCCAUUCACCCCGCGCUAUUGGAGCACUACCUGCCACGAGGGUUGGAGGCUCCGCCUCCUCGCAGACUUGACGGGCAGAUCACACCCACUCCCCUCCACAGAGAGAGGCCACCGUACAGCGAGGGGGAGGAGAGUGACAGAGGAGAGAGGAGCGAGGGAGAGCUAGUUCUCCUCACUGACUGAGUGGGAGGGAGAGAGGGAGAGAGAGAGUUUUUAAUAGGGAUAAAGGAGUAAGGGAGAGCUAGUUCUCCUCACUGACAGAGAGAGAGAAGGAAGGGAAAAAGGAGAGUGGAACAGAGAGAAAGAGGAGUGUGUGUGUAGAGAACUGAAUGAAAAGGUGUGUGUGAUGAAGGGGAUCUUGGUCCACAUCAAGUGUGUCAAGAGUUCAACGGUUAAAUCUUAGCCAUGUGAUAUGACCAUGUCAGCAGAGCCCAUGACAUGUUAGGGUUAGUAGGAGACAGUCGUUUGUUACGACGUUAAAGGUGUCUGACAUUUACUCAUAAAUCUGGCAGCUGAAUCUAAAAGAUCAUUGUCCAUGUAGCUAGUAAUAAAGGUACAUUCACAAUGUGAAAUGAGUUGAUACACUGGAUUAGACUUGGGGUUCAUUACUGUCACCAACAGGCAUAUUGACGUAGAUGUUUCCCUAAACACACAUCUAUUAUUUCUAGACCAUAUCCUUCAAAAUAUUAGGGCCAGGGUAUGAAACAUCUGAUCUCUCCCGAACUACAUGUAUCAGUAAUUAGGGAGAGUUCUGAUUCUGAAGGAGUGCUGCCCUCUGCUGUUUAGAAUGGGCACAGCACCAUGAAAUAUCCCGAUCGCUAGAAAUGAAGAUUUUUAUUUUUAUUCUCAAUAUUUACACAGAUGACCUAGUCUGUGGUGAUAGAGGUUGAAUAAUCCCCAUUAUUAGCCAAUGCACUGGUCAAGCAUAGGUAAUGAGAUGCACUCUGUAAGAAUGCACUUUCACGGAACUCUCAUCUCCAAACAGACAGACAAAGGCUGCACCAAAAUAGUCUAAACUUGUCUCCUUAUAUCCUCUCCUUCACAUGCACUGACAACAAAACAUAGGAUAAGGCAAUAUGGGGGAUUCCUUGUGCGAGAGUUUAUUUCACUUCAGUGCAGGUGGAGUAAAGGAGACGAGGAAGCCACUUUAGACUAUCUGGAUGCACCCAGUGUUUCAGUUUUUGCACUUGCGAUAGUUGAUCAGCAGUGACAUCUAGUGUAAUGAGAAAUGUCUAAGGAAUCUCCCUCCAAGCCCUUAUUCUAGAUUGAGCUCAUCCUUCUCUAUUCUCUAGUUGUGUACAAGCUGUAUGUGAUGUGUGCAUAAUGUCUGUCAAUCAAUUUAUUUUUAACGCGGGUUUACAAUGUACUUGUCACAGAACGUUAUACAAAUGUUCUGUAAAAUGUGUGUUUCUUUGAGUGUGCGUGUGGGUAUUGAACUCAAAGGUUGGCCUGAACACUUUGUGUAUCCUGACACCCUGGCCUCUUGUCUUGACCACAGCUGUUUCUCUGUCCAUGUACUGCAGUUUGCCUUUACACAACAGGGCUCCAUCUCAAUAGUCCUAAUGUCGCUUCAUCUCCAUCUGCGCUGACCUGAAUGAACUGGACAGGUGAAAUGAAAGUUUAACCCAUGUUAUCAGAUGGAGAAACAGAAUAGGAAGCCAUUUUAGACGGUUGGGAUGCAGCCUUCAUCACAAUGUACUGGACAGAAGAGAGGUCACAUUUGUGGUGUAAUCAUAUUGUUAACUGAGGCAGGCCUGUGGUUAGUUGCUGUUCCACAGCAUUUGGUAAGCCUUGCUUGGGGAGUAGAAUGAAGUGGCCCCUGGACACUGAUCUAUGGUCAGUUUUACACCUUUGCCUAUAAUGUUAAGGUAAGAUAAAACUCUUGCUAAGAACAACUUCAACCCAGAGCCAAGGGGAUGGCGCUGUAUAGAGACAGAUGUAUCAGAGAAACAUUUCUAAUUAUGACAGAAACCCAGAAGAGAACUUUCACCUGUUGUCACCCCUGCUGUUGUAAAUAUAGAUAGAUUUUAUUUUGUUUAUAAGAGCCUGUGUAAUUUAAAGGUGUACCUUUGUAUGUUUUCUAAGUUGUGGUUUUGUUUUUUGGAAAAUAAUAAAAUUGGUUGUGUUACA